AUGGCUGAACUGUCUGCCGCGCGACGGGUUGAAACCAAUGAAGCAGGAUGGCGUCCAUCGUUUGAAAUAGGACUAAGGGUGUCACUGUUACCUUUGGAGGAUCUCACGCGAUUAAUGUGUGGCAACACUGUCUACUCUUUGAUUAAAGACACUGUCAUCGGGGUUGAUUUAACGAAAUGCUGUGCAGGGUUGCAGAAAAAACACGCUCUUCUCAAUCUGAGGGCAAUUGCAAAUGACGAUUCGAUCAGGAGAGGAUCGCUACGACUCCUUCGUCAUGAAGGGUGCAGCGACGAGUUUCUCACACCAUCGGCUAUAAGCUCAUUCAUUAAGCAGCUGGUGUGCUUCGUAAUCGAAAGCUCCUCAUGGAGGUUCAAUGUGGAUGAAUUCAGUAAACGCCUAUCGCAACGUCUUGUUUUAGCUCGUCCUGAUAUGCCACUGACUGACCCGUUUUUCUACAGUUAUAAAAUUUAUCAGCUGGAUCAUUUAUCCGAGCAAGAUUACGCUGAUAUUCAAGAACAAGCAAGACUGACAGCCAAGGAAGUCAAAAACUGCUCUUGGAGUCUCUUCUAG